GCAAAGUUUGGUAAGAUUAAUGAAAUGUAAUAAUCGUUUGGUAAGAUUAAUGAAAUGUGUCGGCGUAUAGAACGAGGGACCUACAUGGGCAUAUAUGAUUACAAUUUAUUUAAUCAAUGAAGAACAAAGAAAAGAAAAGAACCAAAAACUCCAUGAAAAUCUCUCUCCUCUUUCCUCUUUAUGUGAAUGUCUGAGCUUCAGUGCAUGUGCUUGCUUCUGGAUCUCAAUCGUCCUACAGCUUUUACUCCACUCUCUUCUCUAUCUCUUAGCUGUCACGGAACAUUCUCCUUCACUCUCUCUCUCUCUCUCUCUCUCUCUGCAAAAUAAAUCAGAAAUCUAUGAAUAUUCUUGAACAUCAACCAUAAGUGCUUCAAAUCCUGGUGAAACUUAAAUUAACCCAUCUGUUUGUGUGUGUUUCCUUGUUGGGUCUUUAAUGGAUCCCAGAACAAGACUUGACUAUGCUCUGUUUCAACUCACACCCACCAGGACAAGAUGUGAGCUGGUGAUUUUCUCCGGUGGGGAGAACGAGAAACUUGCCUCGGGGAUCUUUCAGCCGUUCGUUACGCAUCUCAAGAGCGUUAGAGAUCAGAUUUCUAAAGGUGGAUAUUCCGUUACCCUCCGUCCUUCUUCCUCCGCCGCCGGCGCUCCUUGGUUUACCAAAGUGACGCUUCAGAGAUUUGUGCGAUUCGUGACCACUCCUGAGGUUCUCGAGAGGUCGGUAACAUUGGAGAAGGAGAUUGAGCAGAUCGAGGAUUCGAUUCAGUCUAAUGCAGCCGCCAUCUCCGGCGAAGCCGAAGGAAACGAGUUGGGCAGUACAUGGACUUCUCAGAAGCCUACAGCAUUAUCAAAGGCAAAAGGUGAAUCUGAUGGAGACAAUGGGGAAGAAAAUUCAAAGGUUGGUCUUCAGCGUGUUUUGGAGAACCGCAAAGCGGCUUUGUGCAAAGAGCAAGCCAUGGCUUACGCUCGAGCUAUGGUUGUUGGUUUUGAAUUGGACUACAUGGAUGACCUCUUGUCUUUCGCCGAUGCUUUUGGAGCUUCCCGUUUAAGGGAAGCGUGUGUGAACUUUGUGGACUUGUGCAAGAGAAAGAACGAAGAUAGAAUGUGGGUGGACCAAAUCACGGCCAUGCAAGCAUUUCCUAGGCCUGAGUUAUCGUUCAUGGGUGACUCUGGGAUCGUACUCGCUGGCGAAGAGAACGAUUUGUUGAAUGCUUCAAACGUGAAGCUCGGGAACUCCAUGGAUGCCUCGAGCCAAGGCAGCUUCGAGACUAGUCAAGAAGGGAGAGCUCAAAUGGCAAUGCCGUGGCCAAACCAUUAUCCUCAAUACAUGCAGAACUUCCAAGGACAUGGGUAUCCUCCUUAUAUGUUUCCUGGGAUGCAAGGCCAGUCGCCGUAUUUCCCUGGGAAUAUGCAAUGGCCUGUAAACAUGGGAGAUGUGGAGUCAAGUGAGAAGUCUUCCAAGAAGAAAAAGAAGAACAAGAAGAAGAAGAAGAAGUCAAAGCAAGAUGAAUCCACCGAGCCAAGCGAUGAGUCCAGUGCUGAGACCGAAUCAGAAGAUGGAAAGGAAGGGAAGAAAUCAUCUAGAAAAGUGGUCAUACGCAACAUAAACUAUAUAACUUCAAAGAGAAAUGGAACGAAGGAGAGCGAUUCGGAGGAGUCUGAGGAAGAAGAAGGGUUUGUGGAUGGAGAUUCCAUCAAGCAGCAAGUUGAAGAAGCCAUUGGCUCACUGGAGAAACGGCAUAAAUCAAGUUCACGCCGUCGGAGGAAACACAAAAGUCACAGUGACGAUGAUGAUUCAGGUAGUAAGGAAACUAAAGGGAAUGAUAAUUGGGAUGCCUUCCAAAACCUUCUUUUGAAAGACAAAGAUUCAGACCAAGAAGAAACACUACGAACGCCAUCAUCUCCGUUAGAGAUGGAGUCAGAAGCUGUGAGAAAGAGAGAAGCGCCUUUGGAUGAUUCUUUCUUGGUCGCAAAUGGGAAUGAGGACUGGGGCAGAGAAAACAGUAUUAAGAAACUCGAUGUGGGUGAGAAUGUUCGGCUGAUAAGGAGAGAGAACAACUACGACGAGGAGAUGUUGAAUCCAGGUAGAGGCGGUGAAUCAAGAAACUAUUCGCAGGCAGAUAUGUCGGUUUAUGAUGGGAAGCUCAGAGCCAGAAAUGAGGCCGAGGAAGACUGGUUCAUACGUAACCAAGCGGGUCCAGAAACUGAUCCAAGUCUUGUCAAAACAUUUGUAGGAGACGACUUCCACUUAACGAAGCGCAGCGAGAGAGAUGUCCUGACCGAUGACUCGUUCAUGAUCCAUUCUCGUGUUGAGGGCCAAGUAGAAGAGUCCCGUUUGAGAACAGACAUCAUGGACUCAGAUGUUUACGGAAUCACCCAACAAGAAAACCAUGCACCGGAGACCACUCGGCAUGAGCCAGAUGACCUUUUCAUGGUUCUUGGACGGGAACAAGAUGUUACACCUACAAUGUUAUCAUGGACUCCUGAAAUUGACUUCGAGGCUAACACUUUGGCUCAAGAGAAAAGCAAAAUCGACUUAGAAUCCGCUACAAAGGCCUCUGCAGGUGAUCAAGCCUCAGAUGGUAAAGAAAAGAAAACCCGUGCUGUCUCCAAAGGGAAGGAUGCAAAGUCAAGAGGAGUAAGUAGACCUGACCCGGCUUCGAAAGCGAAGAGACCUCCUUGGGGAAGCAGAGCUGCUGCCACCAAAACCAAAUCCGAAAUGGAGGAAGAGAGAAAGAAGAGAAUGGAAGAACUUUUGAUUCAGAGGCAAAAGAGAAUUGCUGAGAAGAGUUCUGGUGGUACUGUAUCAAGUUCUUUAACGUCCAAGAAAACUCCUACUGCAACUAAAACCGUGAAGAGCUCGAUAAAGAACGAGAAGACCGCAGAAGCCACGCUGCAGCCAAAGGCUAAGCCGGUACUGAGAAGCUCCACCAUUGAGCGCCUUGCUGUUGCCCGGACCGCACCAAAGGAGCCACAACAAAAACAAGUAAUCAAAAGAGCAUCAAAACCUUUGGGAAACAAGACAGAGAAACCUCAGGACAAGAAAUCGAGUAAAAUAGCUGAUACCGAUGCGAAAAGUCUGGAACUUUCUCGUGACCCGAGUCUCGAAAUCAAGGAGACAGUGGAAGAAGAUUCACAGUCUUACUUGUCAGUGAAGCAAGUUGAUGAACCUUCUGCUGCCUCUUCUGCUGUGGACUUCAAAGACAUUAAAGAGAGCUUGCCAUUGGAAGAAACUGGUAGAGGAAUCAGCCAAUACAGUGAAUUCAUCACUGAUGCAGUAUCGAAAUCCGAUAAUCAGAGAGUACAAGAUCAGACGAAAAUCGAUGAUCAGGAAAUAGUGAAGAAGACAUCCGUCUGUGAAGAUAAACAAAUCCAUAGGAACCAUUGUUCGGAGGAUGUCGGAGAAGUCAAGGUUCCACAGGCAAAACCGGCGUCUCCGAAGAAGUCGGUGACUUUUUCAGAGACAAACAUGGAGGAGAAGUAUUAUUUCUCACCAACAGUCUCGGAGAAUGACGUCUCGACGCCGCCGGCUACAGAAACAGACCAUUCUAGAAAGAAAUGGAACAGUGAAGAGACGUCUCCGAAGGCAACGGCUAAAGUCUUCAGGAAGCUUCUUAUGUUCGGAAGGAAAAAAUGAUGUUAGUUCUUCAGAAGGAUCAUCGGAGCAUUGUUUCGAGAGGCACUAUGACGACGUCGUGUUGAGUUUAGUGGGAAAGGCCGGUUUAAUAUCGUCGUCUCCUUUAUUAUUUGAAAACAAAUUUCUUGUGUGAUAUUUUUUAUUUUUUUUGUUCUUUCAACCAGUUUGAUUUGGCUGUUUAUAUUUAAUUGUUGAUGUCUUGUUUAUAGCAUUGGUGAGUGUAUAAAAAUUGGUUUGUUGAGUUUGAAUAACGCAAUGUUAUUUUGGAUUUUUGUAUUUGAUUGGUGAUCAUUAGAGAAAAACAAACAAAAA